UAAUAAACAAUAAUGUCAUGUUUAUGCAUUAAAAACUUGUGUGUUUAUUCCAUUUAUUCUCAUGAUAAUUACGAUAAUUACUGUUAAAAAAUGUUAUUUUCCUCUUGACUUCGAAACGUGUAAUGUAGAAAUUUUAUUUUAAAAUACAGUCACCGAUUUUGUGCAGUAAGUUUGAUCCAUUUAUCGUGAGGAAUGAAAGAGGAAGAGGAGGAGGACGAGGAAAAUGUUAUCAAGUUGGAAAACGGUUCGCAAAGUGACGGUAGCAAAAUUGCCAUUGGAAUUCGACCGAGGCCGUUAAUUUGUAAACCAGGACAUGUAAACGUGGGGUGUAAAUCCGAACCUCUUGAGACAAAGUGCUAUUGGAAUCCUGGAGCUUGGCAAGACGCUACUCGAACCAGUGCAUUUCAACCUUACAAGCCUCCGACUUUGCUGACAAAUUUACAAAGAGGAAAUACUCAAACAGAAAUUCCACAACUUUAUGUUGGGAAGGAUAUAACAUUUUUCACUCUUGCCGGCCAAGGAGAACUUACACCGGACGAUAUUUGUCAAGCAUCUCUAGACGCUUUGGACGAAAAGGGUUUGUCGGGAUUAAUGUGGGCUGCAAGUUACGGCCAAUUGGGAAGUGCUCGUCAACUUUUGGAAGCAGGAGCCGAUAAAAAUUGCCGAGGACUUCGUGGACAGACACCAUUGCAUUUAGCAGCGGCUUACGGUCAUCAUGAUUUAGUCAAACUAUUAAUUAGUCACGGCGCUGAUCCAAAUAUCUACGAAGAGGAGGGAAACACUCCCUUAAUAUACGGAGCACAUGGAGAUCAUCGUCACGUUUGUUACGAACUUUUAUCGAAGGGUGCCGAUGUGGCGCAUAGAAAUAUUCACGGCAUAAGUGCUUAUCACGCUGCAAUUCUAAACAAUUCGUUAGCAGCAAAAGCAGUGAUUGAAAAUUAUCUGGUAGAGAAAUUAGUGAGCACAUCAACUGGGAUACUAUCAUAAAGUCAAAGUAAGCAUGAGGCUCAAGUUCGCAGCGUUUUUUAAAAACGAAAACAAAAAAUAGUGCAACUUACUAUUUAUUUUGAUUUUAAAUUCAUGUUAUUUUUUAGCAAUUACUUAUAUUAAGUAACAAUUAUUAUUUUUAUCUUCAAAUAAAAUUAAGUAACAAUUAUUAAGCAAAAAUUUACGGACAAGAAAUUAAAGGUGAAUUUAACUUUUAAAAAACUCUUUUUUGAUUUUUCGUUUUUAAAAACGUUGCGGACUUCAGCCUCACAAGUAAGCAAAGAGAAAAUUAUAAAUAAUGUUUAAAAUUAAUUGUUAGAACUUGAAUUUUAUCCCACAAGAUUUGUAUGCGUGGAAUAAUUUUUAGAUUGUAUAUGACUUACUUUAACAUUCUGUGUACAAUUCUUGAAGUAUUAAUUAUUAUGUGAUUUUUUUUAUACAAAAAAAAAUAAUUUUAUACCUCUGAUAUUUUCGUAAAUUAUAAAUUGUUAACUUUUAUAAAAACCAUGACCAUUUACAAUUAAA